AGCAUAUUUACCAAGAGGACAGUGACCACUACCAAAUAGUGAUAGAAUUGAGUUCAUGAAAGAAACCAGAACCAAAAUACCCCAUUUCUCUCCCACUUCUUCUCCGCCAUUUUCUUUAUUUACUUUGGAACUGCUUUUUUAAAAAAGCACUUUCACUAAAAGCACUUCUAGUAGAAGCAUAUUGGGUUCUUGGUGAUGUUAAAGAAGUUCCAAACAGGGUUAUUUGUUUUGCUAACACCUAAAGAAAGAGAUUUGAUUUUUUUAGCCAAUGCCAACUGGUGGUUGGGUUGCUUACUACCUCAAUUACGACAAUAUUCAUCCUUUUCAUAUUACCAAAGUUGUUCUUCAGCCACAUUCCUUGUGUUUCUCUGUCUUUCUGUCUCCCCCUUCUUUUUCUUCAGCUGAAUUACAUUGAUAAGUAAAUAAAAAAUAGCUCUGGUUUAAGCUCUAGUUUUUACCAUUUGUUUGUGCAAUGAGAUUUCCGGGGUCAGCCAGCAUGAAGCUUUUCUGGGUUUUGGGGUUUAUGGGGUUUGUGUUUUGCAGAAGAACAGAUGGAACUCUUAUUGGGGAUGUGAAUGUCAAACAGGAACAAGACCUGCAUUAUACUGAGAGUAAUGUGUAUGGCUAUGCAACUUAUGGUUAUGGGGUUUCCAGCAGACCCUUAAUGGUGGGUCUCACACUCAUCAAUGGAGCUGCUGCCAAAGGAGCAGUCUGCCUAGAUGGAACAUUACCUGCUUACCACAUCCACCACGGAUACGGGUCAGGAGCAAACAGUUGGCUCAUUCAGUUAGAGGGAGGAGGAUGGUGUGAUACAAUCAGAAACUGUGUCUACCGUAAGAAAACUCAUCGCGGUUCAUCAGCAUAUAUGGAGAAGCAUAUACCAUUUGCAGGGAUACUAAGCAACAAAGCAGGAGAAAACCCUGACUUUUACAAUUGGAACAGAGUUAAGGUUCGGUAUUGUGAUGGUGCAUCUUUUGCCGGUGACAGUCACAAUGAGGCUGCCCAAUUGCAUUUUCGAGGACAACGUAUCUGGAAAGCUGCUAUGGAAGACUUGAUGUCAAAGGGAAUGCGCUAUGCUAAUCAGGCUCUUCUUUCUGGAUGUUCUGCUGGUGGGGUUGCAACUGUACUCCACUGUGAUGAAUUUCGUGGAAUGUUCCCUGCAACUACUAGAGUGAAGUGCCUCAGUGAUGCUGGACUGUUUCUUGACGUAGUUGAUGUAUCUGGUAGUCGCACUUUGAGAAGUAUGUUUAGAAGAGUGGUUAGUCUACAGGGGGUGCAAAAGAAUCUCCCAUGGAGUUGUACCAAUCGCCUCCACCCGACUUUGGUAGGUUCUUUUCUUGCAUUUAAUCCUUAAGACGAACUUUAUUUUCUAUAUAGAUUAUACAAAGAACCCAAUUUUAGAGUGAGGUAUCCCUUCUCUUUUUAGUCUUGAUCAUUAAUGACGCAACACGAAGCAAUGAAAGGGUUACCAGCGUAAUCCCUUGUAGAACAAAGUUACUGGAGUCCACCAGUUGAUACAAAUCCAAAGGAUAAUUUGAUUAAUUGAUUGAAAGAUGUCUACAUGAUUACAAAGCCAUGGCUCUUAAAUAAGCCUUUUACAACCUCUUGGAAAACUCAAAAGACUUAGGAAAUUAAAAUGAAAAUAACUGACAUAUAAUAAAGCCCUUGAAACCCCAAAAGACUCCAUUUAUUAGUAGGCUGCUGUCUUCAUGACUUUCUGCAAAAGAUGGCUCAAGCCACUUUUGUGGGAGAAUUAA